AUGGACCUGUCGUGGGAUGGGAUGGGAAGAGGAGGCUGGCUGCUGUGGGCCGGCGGGGUGUUGGCGAGCCUGGCGGGCGCGGCGCUCUUCAUGCGCGACCUGUGGCGGACUGCGAGCGAGACGCCCACGGCCACGUCGGUGGCCACCACGCACCACCCGCUGUCCUCCGUGCCGUUCCCCGCCGUCACCGUCUGCCCCAUCAACAGGGUCCAGGCCGCCGCCGCCGCCCGCUUCUACUCCUCCUCGGGCUUAGAGUCAGCGGGCCUCAGCAAACAGGCGUACAAUCAGUUCCUCUUCAAUAUGGUAGACAUGGCACUGCCAGAGGAAUCCACAUCCGUGUCUGAGGACGCCAUAGCGGUGCAGACCUUCCUUAUGGCCAAAAACUACACGCUGGGGAGCGUAAUGAAGCAGGUUACUCAACCAUGUGAAGAAAUGGCCCUCCAAUGUCGCUGGAGGGGGAAGUCCUGCAAAUGCAAGGAGCUGUUCAGACGCCAGAAAACUGACGCCGGAUACUGCUGCUCUUUCAACUACGAGAGCGUACGCACGAACGCUGCCGGCCUGCUGUCGGGGGUGACGGUGCUGCUGGACCCCCAGCUGGAGGACUAUCAGGCGGCCACCUUCUCCUUCUACGGCUUCCAGGUGCUGGUGCACUCGCCGGUCGAGUUCCCCGACGUCAUCGCCAGGGGACACAUCGUGAAGCCCGCGUCGGAGGCGUUCCUCCAGGUGACGGCAGAGCAGACGAUGAGCACGGACGCGGUGCGCCGGCUGUCGCUGCAGCAGCGCCAGUGCCUGUACCCCAACGAGGGCGGCUACGCCACGGCGAGGAUCGACUACUCGCGCUCCAACUGCCUCACUGCCUGCCGCGCCAGACACAUGAUGCGCCGUUGCCGCUGCGUCCCCUACUUCUACCCGUCCGUCCUCAGUCCAGGAAGAGAGUGCGCCUUGGCGGAUCUUCCGUGUCUUGCUAACAACAGUUGGUUCUUCAGCAGCUUCAAACCAGACAGUGGGGAAGUGUCUGGAGAUGAAUCAGGCAUGUCCUGCGAAUGCUACCCUGGUUGCUUCGACAUCGCUUAUUACCUCAGUGCUACGUCGGGAUGGCUCUUCCAGUCCCAGUACGACACCACCAAGUUCUUGUAA